GAAAAACCAAGAUCGAUUCAUGCCGGUUCGCUUUCUCUUGCUUAUCCUGGCCUCGCUUGUCCCCACCUGUAGCGCAACCGAUUCGCGUCGCUCGACACCUGAGUCGUCAUUCGAGUGGGUUCUUGAUCCACUUGCCGCUGAGCGCUGCGCCAACGGAUCUGUGGGCUGCGUGAGCCACGUGAAAUAUGGCUACAAUGUGGUGCCUGUAAACGUGUCGACAGACGCUAAGCUGGUGAUGCAGUCGGCUGAGCGUCCAGCCAAAUUGUCAGCGGUCGUUAAUUUGGAGACGUUCACUCAGCCUGGGUGUGUCAUCAGUGGCUGCCACACCGUCAAGUUGCUGGGCGUAUUGCCUCGGGAAGACUGUUUUAACAGCCAGGUAAAGAAGGUGGCUGAUCAACCGGACGAAAAAAGUGUCAAAAUCGACUUUGGCGGGAUCUAUUACGAGCACUUGCCAUCGGGCGAGCUCUACGUCAAAUACGAGCGCAGAAACUACCUGACAAGUGAAGAUACGUGCACAUACGAGAUCAAAAGUGGCUACAAAAGAUGGUUCUGAAU